AUGGACGGCCGGCCGUCGGAGGAGGUCUCGCCUGAGGUCCGGCGCGAAGAGCAAGACGCCGCCGUCAACACCGCCGCCGCCGCCACCACGACCGCCUCAAUCCACGCCGCGCCCACCGAAUCUGCCAUGGACACAAGUCACAGCAACGGGCGCUUGUACCCCGAAGUUCUUCGUCUCAUAUUUUGCUACCUGGACGUUCCCGACCGCGGCAGAGUGGCUCAGGUAUGCCGCGACUGGAGAGACGUUGCUGAUGACCGAUGCGUUUGGAGUGGCGUGGAGGCCAAACUUCGCCUGCCCGACGUCAGUCCGACCCUGUACAGUAGCCUUAACCGCCGUGGUAUUGGUAGGAUUAAGGUCGUCAGCUUCAAAGGGCGGUUGCGGGAGCUUCUCCGAGAACUGCCCGAUCUGACGUCCCUUGACUUGUCCGAGUGUUACGUCAUUACCGAUAGCUGCAUCGUUGAAAGUUUCGUGAGGCAACUAACAUCGCUGGUGUCCCUGAAUCUAAACUGGUGCUCGCAGGUUACAGAUGUUAGCGUAGCCUGCAUCACUGCGCUUCUGCCGAACUUAGAGUACCUUUACUUGGCGGGAUGCGAGAAAAUCACCGACGGUGGCAUGGUUCUCAUUGCUGCAAACCUAUUUUCCCUUAAGUUUCUUGAAAUCAAGGAAUGCGAAAUUUCGAAUGUGGCUUUGGGGCAUCUGGCCGGAAUCGGUGGCAACAGCGGGACCCGUCAGCGCUUUGGUGUCAGCUCUCUAGAGUAUCUGGGACUCGAAGACUGUGCACUUGUAUCAGACCUUGGACUAGAGUACCUUAGCCUCGGUCUUAAGCACCUGGUCAGCUUAGAUCUAAGCAUGUGUCUCAGCGUGACUGAUGCUGGUUUGGAGCACAUCGCUAAGAUCUCUUCUCUCAAGAAGUUAACCCUUCUGGGGUGCGAAGACCUCACGAGCCAAAACGUCGGUCUGUCCGUUGUCGCCGAGAAGCUAAGGGAUCUGACAGCCCUGAACAUUUCCGAAUGCGAGUAUGUAUCUAAAGAUGGAAUCAGCGUAGUAGCGGCCAACCUUCGAAAACUGCGUUUCAUCAACAUGCGACUUUGCACUGGCCUGACCAACAUUAGUCUCAAGCACCUCGCCAGGAUGUCAAGCCUGGAAGUCAUCAAUUUGAAAGGAUGUACCAAAAUCACGGGCAAAGGCAUGGCGUUCAUGGCGUCCGGUCAGGGCCAAUCCAGCGUGCUCGAACUCGACGUCAGCUUUACGAGCAUCGGUGACACGGGGCUACGCUACAUAGCGCAGGUAAAAACAUAUAUCUUCCCACUCUCUUUUUAA